GAACUCCGCGACGUUUAAUGUAGACUCACUGGUGUUCAUCGACAACAUCGCGUGACCUUCUAAAUCCACACGUUUUAAAUUGCAAGAAACUAAAGAAAAACUAAAAUGAGGGAGUGUAUUUCCGUUCAUAUCGGCCAAGCUGGUGUACAAAUCGGCAAUGCUUGUUGGGAAUUGUACUGCUUAGAACAUGGAAUCCAACCCGAUGGGCAAAUGCCUUCAGAUAAAACUAUUGGUGGAGGAGAUGAUAGCUUCAACACAUUUUUCAGCGAAACAGGAGCUGGAAAACACGUUCCUCGAGCUGUUUUCGUCGAUUUAGAACCAACGGUCGUUGAUGAAGUUAGAACCGGAACUUAUCGCCAACUCUUUCACCCCGAACAAUUAAUCACCGGCAAAGAAGACGCCGCUAAUAACUACGCAAGAGGUCAUUACACGAUUGGAAAAGAAAUUGUCGAUGUCGUUUUGGAUCGUAUUCGAAAAUUAGCGGAUCAAUGCACAGGAUUACAAGGAUUUUUAGUAUUCCAUUCAUUCGGUGGAGGAACCGGAUCCGGAUUUACCAGUUUAUUAAUGGAAAGAUUAAGCGUUGACUACGGAAAAAAAUCUAAACUAGAAUUUUCGAUUUAUCCAGCACCACAAGUGUCCACGGCUGUUGUUGAGCCUUACAACUCAAUCUUAACAACUCAUACAACACUAGAACACUCCGAUUGUGCCUUUAUGGUUGACAACGAAGCGAUUUACGAUAUUUGCCGUAGAAAUCUCGAUAUUGAGCGGCCAACGUACACCAAUUUGAAUCGUUUAAUCGGGCAAAUCGUUUCGUCGAUCACAGCCUCUUUGCGGUUUGAUGGUGCCUUAAACGUUGAUCUUACCGAAUUCCAAACAAAUCUUGUUCCAUAUCCUAGAAUUCAUUUCCCAUUAGCAACUUAUGCCCCGGUUAUUUCCGCUGAAAAAGCUUACCACGAACAAUUAACCGUUGCCGAAAUUACCAAUGCUUGUUUCGAACCAGCCAAUCAAAUGGUGAAAUGUGAUCCUCGUCACGGAAAAUACAUGGCUUGUUGUAUGUUGUAUCGAGGCGAUGUUGUCCCUAAAGAUGUUAACGCAGCGAUUGCAACGAUUAAAACAAAAAGAACGAUUCAAUUCGUUGAUUGGUGUCCAACUGGAUUUAAAGUUGGGAUUAAUUAUCAACCCCCAACUGUAGUUCCUGGUGGGGAUUUGGCUAAAGUACAACGAGCGGUUUGUAUGUUAUCGAACACAACUGCUAUAGCGGAAGCUUGGGCUCGAUUGGAUCAUAAAUUUGAUUUAAUGUACGCUAAAAGAGCUUUUGUACAUUGGUAUGUAGGUGAAGGGAUGGAAGAAGGUGAAUUUUCGGAAGCUCGUGAAGAUUUGGCUGCUUUAGAGAAAGAUUAUGAAGAGGUUGCUGUUGAUUCAGUUGAAGGAGAAGCCGAUGAAGGCGACGAGUAUUAAAAAAAGCAAUUUCAAUUUGAUACGCUUUUAUACUAACAAACAGCUUUUUUGGGGGAAUUUUAUAUUUUUCUCUUAAUGUUUUUUUUUUAUUUUAUUUCGUAUUUUAUUCUGUAUUUUAUAUAGCACUUUUUGCAAAAAGAUUGAAUAAUAAUAUAUACAACAAUAAAAAAGUUUUGUAUUUUAAAAAU